AUGAACAGCUCAGUACAGAUGAGCACUCACCUGGACAAAAUCAGUUUGGCAACGCAGAUUCUAUCCUUCGCUAUUGUCUCGCCUUUUGUAGCGCUGCGCGCUUUCUCUGCGUUCUAUUUGCGUCACCCGGUCGGUAUUGAAGAUGCGACUAUUUUCUACGUUUUAAUGGUCCUAUGCGUCAAAAUAUCCUUGAUUUACAUCUUCAUUCGGCUCUGGAGCCCAUAUCGCGGAAAGGUCAUUUCAGUCUACGUUUUCUUGAUCUCCAUCAUACUAUACUACAUGAUCGUUCUGUUCGUCAAGAUCUUCACCUGCAAUCCCAUUCGCCUGUACUGGGAGAUCGGUCGGCACGACGGUACAUGCUUAAACCGAUCCGCCAUUAUUAUCACGCAUUCCGUCGUCAGCGUCGUGACCGAUCUGGCUAUUUUGAUUUUUCCUAUAUUUCUGACUUGGAAUAUGCAUAUAUCUUUUUCUAAGAAGUUGCAUGUCAUCUCUAUCCUUGGAGCGGGUAGUAUCGCUGUCGUUUUCAGUAUAUAUCGUCUGGCGCUGGCUAUUAUGGAGUUGGGCACUGCUGUUGAAGUCAAUGGAUUCAUGAAGGUUCUGCUCUGCGAUAGUAACGCGGAAGGUGGAUUGGGAUUGAUAUGCACGUGUAUUCCGGCCAUCAAUAAGCUUUUUACUGAGAUUAGUCGGAAACGAAAGGUGAAGAGAGAGGAAAAGCACCGGGGCAAUGAGCUUUCGAGGCCCGGUCCUCGGUCGAGUGAUGCGGCGAGUGCAAGUUCAUUGAUGAAUACUUUACCAUCAACACCUAGUCGAUUAUCUUAA